AUGUCGUGUGGACAGUGUUCAUCCUGCAAUGGUGGCGGAAAUCAAAACCUAAGUGCGUCGUUUUGUGGUGGAAGUGGGUCUACAGAUUUGGGCGUGUCAGUGAUGUGCUAUUGUGGAGAGAAAGCAACAUUGAGAACUGCAAGAACAUUGAAGAACAAGGGCAAAAAAUUUUGGGGCUGCCCUAAGUAUAAGAGUGGAAGUGAUCAAUGUGGUGGGUGCAAUUAUUUCAAAUGGUUUACUGAUAAUGAGAUCGAGGAAAAGGGUUGGAGCAGUCAGAAAAUUGAAGGAAUGGGUGGUGGGAAGCUGAAAAUUGAAGAAAUGGGUUGUGAUGGGAAGCUGAGUAUCAAGAACGUUGAAGAAAUGGGUUGUGGUGGGAAAAAGAAUGCAGAAAAGGCUGCUGCAGUGAGGUCUGUGGUGGCAGAAGAAAUGGAGAAAUGUAUGAAGUCAAUUGAAAACACUGCUGCAGUGAGGUCUGUGGUGGCAGAAGAAAUGGAGAAAUGUAUGAAGUCAAUUGAAAAUAGGCUAACAAUGUUGACAGUGGUAGUUGGAGUUUUGUGUGUAUUGAAUAUCAUUGUAGUGUAUGUGUUGGUUACAAAAGCAUGAGUCUUUUUUUUAGUUCAUGUACGUGGUUUGUGUUGUUAUUGUAAUGUUUUAUUAUGAAUGAAAAGUUUUCGAACCUGUAG